AUGAAUUCAAAGCUGAAACGUUUUCCCAAAAGUAUAAACCAAAAACAAUCACGAGAAAUGAAAAUAAAAGGGAAGGAAAAUAAUAGAAAAGUCAUAAGACUUCUGCUUGCUUCACCAAAUAGAUUUGAUUUGACUUGGUUUGGUGCAGCGAUGUCGAUUACGACUUGUUUCAAUUUUAUCAACAUCAAAUGUACUGUGAAGUUCUCAAUCCACAAUGCUUUUAAUUCACCUUGGAAAACUUUCUAUCUGCGAUGUGUUGCUAACAGACAAAGAAGAAUCGUUGAAGUUCUUAAAGCUAACAAUACUUGUAUAGGAUACGAGUAUAGAAUUAAAUUGUCAGAAGACUUAAUGUGCCAGUUGAGGCUAUUUGCACUGUUGUUGCCAUGCUUCAUUGCUGCUUGGUGUUCACCGCCACUUAUGACAUGUACGAGAAUACUUGAUGCAUCUAAUUAA